CUACAUUUCCUCUUUCAUUAAAACCUUACGGCAUUACUGAGUGGACAUCUCACUUCAAGUAGUCCCCAUAUCAGAUCUCAACAACAUGACUGGAUCAAAAGUCUUAGUUAUCAUAAUCUGGAUUUUAAGAGGUGCUGUCAGCAACAAGUGGGAAAUUAAGAUGCCACAGAAUAUUAAUGCAAUAAGUGGCUUCUGUGUUCAAAUUCCAUGUCAGUUUGAGAUUCCCGACUCAUUCAAAGGGUCCCUAAACAAAUCUGUGGAGGCAAUAUGGAAAAAAAGUGACUUAAGUGGGUUAACUGUGUUCAGUUCAAAAACCGAGGUGUCAUCACUUCUAAAAGGAAGCGUGAUUGGCAACCUCUUAAGCAAAAAUUGCACCACAGUGUUUCACAAUUUUCCUGCUGGAUUCAAUGAUACAUAUUUCUUCAGACUUCAAGGUCCUGAACCGCUAGUAUACACAUUUCAGCAAGGAGUGGACAUUAAAGUUCAUAAAGACUCAUCCCCGCCUACCUUGACCCCUUAUGUCGAGAUUCUGGAAGUUCUCGAGGGCACCAAGGUGACACUGACCUGUUCCACUGCACUGCCAUGUCCCUCACAACAACCUCUGAUGCAAUGGAACCCACGACUAGGAGAACAGCUCACACCAAGCCUGCAGGUGGAUGAAUUUGGACAGACACUGCUGGUUUCCUCUCAGAUGUUCAAUGCAACACCUCUAAAUGACCAGCUUAAAGUCUCCUGCUCUCUUUUGUACAACUCCCAGGUUGCUGAAAGACUAGUGAAGACCAGCACUACCCUCAGAGUGUUGUAUGCUCCCAGAAACACCAUAGCCCUGUUGAGUCCUUCAGGUCCAGUGUCUGAGGGGAAUGUGGUGACGCUGAGCUGCCAUAGUGAAGCCAACCCUGCUGUUCAGCGCUAUGAGUGGUACAAACACAUUGGGGCUGGGAAUCUCAUGUUGAAGGAUCAGGGAAAGAUUCUAACAGUGAUAGCCAGUGUUAAUGCUCAGGGUCUGUAUGUCUGCAAGGCCUACAACAACCAUGGGACCGACCAAUCGAUGGUUGUCGCUGUGGAGUUAAAAAGUUUCCAGUGCUCCAUAGCACCAUAUAUCAUGUGUGGACUUCUGACAUUUUUAUUAAUUCUCAUAACUGCAGUUGAUUUGGUCAAAUACAAAAGCUUGUUAAAAAGACUCAAGCAGGUUGAAGGUAUGAGAGAACCCAUGACAUAUGCCACCAUCCAGAAGACCAAUGAUUCCUCAGUGUACAAUAUAAUACAGGCAAGGCGGAGGGAAGACAUUUCAUGGAAAUUGUAGCACAUCUUGUUAUGACAAUAUCACCAUACCAUUACUUGCCAUGUCCAGAUAUACACUAAGCAAGCCUCUGCACUCAAAUAUGUAUAAAAGACUACAAUGUACUUCUACAACUGUUACUUUCUCAUAUGUGAAAGAACAAAUCUGGGAUGGAGAUCUUAUACUGUACAUUAAGGCAAGGAUAGUGGGUAUACAUACUAAGUGUAGUGUUAUAUAGUAAGUACAAUGCAUGUGCUUGAUGCAUUAUGGACCUCUGCAUACUUCUUUUUUCUGCAGGCAAGUGCUAGCAGAACGGAAGAGGAUUAUGAAAAUAGAAACUGGGACAAACAUUAGCUUUAGUCAAAGCUAAGAUUUUGUUCUCCAGACACAAUGUGCUGUAGCGCUCAUAUGGAAGAUGUGGAUUCCAAUCUGGCCUUCAUCAUGUCUUGAUUCUUCUCCCAAUCUUUUCUUGUCAUAUCUCUGCUUUUGGUAUUUUUCCUCAGUUAUUGCAUAAUUAUUCCUCAUAUUAACCACACACAAAAUCACAUGCAGUACUGCAUCUCUCUUCUCUCCCCUACAGAAAAAUAUACUUCUAUUACUCUUUCUUUUCAAACAAAUUCUUAGAAAUGUUAUUCUGUUGCAUCUUUCUGUAUAAUAUAUUUCAUAUCUAGUGUUUGUGUAUUGUGUAUGUUAAUGUACAGACCAAUAAGUGUUUGGACAUUUAAGCCGCAUUUUCAAAUGUAAGAAUUCAUUGCAUAGAUAAUAAAAUAUAAACACAACAAAAGAUAACAUACUAGACCUUUUCUCAGAAAUAAAUUCACAUUUCUGAGCCAUUUUUACAAUGUAUAAAGUCAGUUCCCCUUGAGUUUACACAGGUGUCCUUGCAGAGUAACCACAGGUGAAAUUCAUCACAUUAACUAUUUUAAUGUUUCACUAACAUUUUACAACCAAAAA